UGUAGAUUAAGGUUAAGAUAUUGGUUAUUUUUCUCUCGAUCAUAAAAUGGGCAACGGAAUAGUAAACCCGUUAAGUGCAGUUAUUUUUUUACUUAUUUUUGAUUGUGUGUACACAGAAUCUGCAUUAACCACGGAAUCAAUACACUUUUUAAAGCCAGGAGAUGUUAUUGAAAAUAACAAGCCUGGAUUACAAACUUUCUGUCAUAGUGCCAAACCGAAAUAUAUGAAACAUAUGUGGGAAAGUUUAACAAUGUACUUAAGAACAAAGAUAGAAAACUAUGAUCUUUACAAUGGGAAAACUCCUGAAGAAGUAUUACAAAAGCACGAUGACAAUCAUAGGUCCUGGAAUUUUAAUAUAUUUAGCAUACAGAAGAAUAAAAAAUUCAAAAUUAAUCCUUUCGAAGAUGUAUGUAUUGGUAUAUAUGUGCAUCCCUCCAAUUUGCACAAAUAUACAGUGAGCAUGGUAGAAACAAGUACCGAUAACUCUGCAUUAAUAUUAAUGGUGGCAGGCGCUGUAUUAUUUUGGAACGCUUAUAAGUUCAGUAAAAAUACUCUAUUUUAUUAUUUGAUCAGCAUAAUGCUUGGAAUCACCGCCUCCAUUAUAAUUUUAGUGUACUUCAUUAGUAAAUUUCUAUUAAAGGGUAAGAUGAUGUAUAUCACGGUCCUCACUGGUUGGACAAUGAGUUUUUAUCUAUUACAAAUGUUAUGGGAAAAUACCCAACUGAUCAUCGUGCAGUAUAGGGAAUGGGUGGCAUGGUACAUUUUAAUCACGUCUUUCAUCAGUUUCGUCAUUGCUUAUCGGUUUGGCCCAAUUACGAAUGUUAGGACGAAAAGACUUAUACAGUGGUUCUUGCAGAUAAUAGGAUUGAUUACCAUGUAUUAUAGCAGUUAUUUACGCGAAGCAACAGCCUUUUUUUGUUUGUCAAUUCUCUUACUUUAUAAUUAUCCCACUGUAUUAACUCAAAAAGGCAGAACUUACUGGAUGAACAUGUUUCCUGAGAGAAGAAAGUUAUUGACAGAAGACCAGUAUCGUGAAGAAGGAAUAAGAGAAACGAACAAAGCGUUGAAAGAGCUAAAAGAAUAUUGCGUUAGUCCUAAAUGUAAUCCAUGGAAAACGACUUUAAUAUUAAAAGAUCCGAUAAGGUUUGCCAGGUUUAUGGAAGGUGAAUCACAUUUAUCCGACGGCGAGUCUCAGAAACACGACGCAGAGAUCACAGGAAUUAUAGAGGAAUGUGAAUAUACGGAUGAUGAGGAUGAUAUGCUAUAAAAUGUACAUAGGAGUCAUUUAUUUCGGUAAAAGAACGAUCGACGAGUACAAAAAUUUUGUACGUCGUUCAUUAUGGAAACUUUUCAAGUACAAAAUUUUUUACUCUGAAAUAUUGUACUUACUAAUUUACUAUAUAACUAUAUAUUGCCUAUUUUUUUAUUAUAUCGAUUGCGUGGUUUUGAAAUAAAGUUGUUAAUUAUAA